AUACUGUCAAAGACUCAAAUGAAGUUCUGGCAGCAUCUGUUACUUCCUCUGGGCACCAUGACUUUGGACACGCUGAUUCUGGUUACCACCCUUACGUCCGAAAAAAUCCCCCCACACCGCAGGCAGUGCGCAAGAUAGCAGGCAUGAUGGGAAGAUUAGCUACCAGUACAAAUUCAGACCAUGACGACGAUGAAACGGCUCGCAAAAUAUUUUCGCAGGGCCUGCAGCAGAUGUCUACUGAACGUGUUCGCCGUGCUGCUUAUUACAAGGAAGCAGAACUGGAAUACCAUCGGCAUCUCUCAAUGACUUUAGCUUGGGAGGCGGAGAAGCUCUCAAGGCUCAAAUAUUUCAUUGAUGGCGAACAGCAGGAGCAGGAAGAACAAACCAUUCGGGCAUUUGAGGAAGCGGCGCUCUUUACACGUAUGGUUGCUGAUCGCGACACAGAACGUGCUUCCCAGGAUCAAGAGUUCAUUGCUGUGAUCCAACAGGACGAGGUGAAAAGGGUGAAACGGUUGAAUGCUGAACUCGAUGAGCUUGGCAUCUUUCUUCCCUUGGACCCAUCGGCUUCAGACCUCGACAAUGCUGACACACGCUCUAUCGGAGAUCCCCGCAACUUUGAUCAUCCAUCUGUCGGAGACCGUCCUGAGAAUCAGCUGGUGAUAGGGGAGUGA